GUGGUUCUGCGCAUGCGCUCUCGGUUCGGUAGGUUGCCCUACCCACUGAGGACUGUCAAAUGGUCACUGUACAUUAGAGUUUUUUAUAACUAUAUAGAUCUUGUAGGAGCGUUGAGGAUUAAUCCAUUUCAUCUCAACUGUUCGUGGAUCAUUGUUGUUAAUGAAAGGACGCAGCUGAGAUGCGCGACGCGCUGUUAAAGCCUGUCAGACGCUUCCCGUGGGCGACCAAUGUAACCCUGUACGGGUGCCUGUUCGCAGGCGGAGAUUUCGUCCACCAACUCUUCUCGCGUAAAGAACAAGUGGACUGGUCUCACACGAGAAACGUCGCCGUAGUUGCGUUCAGUUUUCAUGGCAACUUCAAUUUCUUUUGGAUGCGCUUUCUGGAGCGACGGUUCCCCGGGAAUUCGCUGCGAAUGGUGCUGCGAAAGCUGCUGCUGGACCAGACGCUCGCCGCGCCGCUCGCCAUCAGCGCCUUUUACACAGGUGUGAGCUUUAUGGAGGGCAGAGAUGAGAUCCUGCAGGACUGGAAGGAGAAAUUCCUCAACACGUACAAGACCGGGCUAACGUACUGGCCGUUUAUGCAGUGCUCUUCAUGGCUCAUAGUUCCUGAAUUUCAUCCUGGUUCCACCACUGAUCCGCACUGCGUUCACCGGCUGCUGUGGAUUCAUCUGGGCUACGUUCCUCUGCUUUUCCCACCAGAGCGGAGAUGGAACCAUGACGGCAGCUCUGGACUGGAUUCGUGGCGUAGAGCGCAAACCAGAGCAACGGAAGAAGAAGAGGGUUGAAUGAAGCUCAGCGAGGAAAGGAUUUUGAGAUGUUCCUACAGUUCAUAUUUGUAUUCUAUUCAUUCAUUCUGUUUCUGUUUCUGCAGUGUUAAAAGCAGAAACACUGUCACAUUUGGAAAAUCAAUGGAGAUUAUUUGUGACCAGUCCAAACUUUUCCUCUUUUUUGAGGUUGCCUUUUUAAGUUAAAACAGUUAUAUUUAAUUAUUCCUGUUAUUUUGGUUUUGUUUGUCUCCAUUUUUGAUUCUGUCGUUCACACGCUGUUCCUGGAACAUUUAGUUAUUUUACUAAUAUUUAUUUGUAUUUGUGUUUGACUGGGGUUUAAUUAGUAUUUUGCACAUUUUUCUUUGUGGAAAUUAAUUUAUUUCAGGAUUAAUUUAAGGCCUGCUGGACCCAGUUGCAUUAAAGGUUACAAUUAUAAAUGAAUGCUCAUUGAGAUUUUUCCUAUAACUUUUGGGUUUUCUUUAUACUACUUUUAGCCUUUUGCUUUCAUCCAUCUUAAUGCACUUUUUUGUUUUGCACACUAGUUGUCAGUCUACGGCAAGUUCAGUGGAAUGAAAUGAUUAAACUAUAUUUAACAGGUUUUACAUAUUGUUGUAUAAGAUGGUGCUUGUUUAGCAAACUGUAAAUAUUUGGAACACCAUAAUCUGUUUUUUAUUAAAAUAAAUAAUUCAUAUAUGGUGAAUAUAUAUAAGUAUUCUACGUGUAAUGUAAUUUCUAUGUUAACAGAUGUGUUCUAAAUUAACAGACAUUUUAUAUAAUAAAUUAUUUGUAUACUGUUCAA